AUGCGCACAGUCAGGCAGCCUGCUAUCUCAGCCUAUUCAUAUCUAUCUAUCUAUCUAUCUAUCUAUCUAUCUAUCUAUCUAUCUAUCUGUUCAUGUCUCUCAACAUCUUUCUCACCCCACUCUCUAACCGAUGACCCCUUUUUCGGCAAUGGCAGACCCCAGAGUAAAAGCCCACGGAACACUUUUCACGCAUUUUCAAAGAAAAUUGCCGUCGCCUCUCAAAUGAACAACAACUGUAAACACGAAAUGUGUACUCGACAUGGCGCCCGAACAAUGUCUGUCAACAAUGCUACCUGUUGCGAGACUGACCUCCUCUCACCAGUGUUAAAUUUAUUACCGAAACGAAACUUUUUUCGUUUGAUAUCUAUCUAUCUAUCUAUCUAUCUAUCUAUCUAUCUAUCUAUCUAUCUAUAUCUAUCUAUCUAUCUAUUUCACGUAAGUUUGUCAGUGCCUACUGCUGAGUGGGUGAUAUGUGGUCGCUUAAUUGAGAGGCUAGAGCUAUUCCUCCUCCUGUGA